AUCAUGCGCCUGCUACUGGAGGCCGGCGCCGACCCCAACGUCGCCAAUACGGACAGCGGGGCGACGCCGCUGACGAUGGCGGGGAGUAAGGGCGAUGAGGCAGCGGUGCGGAUGCUGCUCUCACACGGCGCCAACGCCAACGCCGCGAACUCACACGGAGAGACCUCCCUGUACCACGCGACUUACUGUGGCAAGCUGAAUAUCAUGCGCCUGCUACUGGAGGCCGGCGCCGACCCCAACGUUGCCGAGACGAUGAGCGGGAAGAUGCCGCUGAUGAUGGCGGUGAGUAAGGGCGAUGAGGCGGUGGUGCGGAUGCUGCUCUCACACGGCGCCGACGCUAAUGUCGCGGACUCGGACAGAAGGAACACCCUGUACCACGCGGUGCGCCUGCUACUGGAGGCCGGUGCAGAUCCAAACGCCGCCGAGACGCAGACAGGACACACGCCGCUGAUGAUGGCAGUGAAGGAGGGCAAGGAGGCGGUGGUGCAGAUGCUGCUCUCACACGGAGCCGACGCCAACGCCGCGAACUCGUACGGAGUGACCUCCCUGCACCACGCGGUCGUCUCUGGCCAGCUGGACAUCAUGCGCAUGCUACUGAAGGCCGGCACAGACCCCAACGUUGCCGUGACGGAAAAAUUUGAGAGUUUCACCGCGUUACACUUCUCCUGUGAUCAACUUCAUACCGAGAUGAUUACUUGCCUCUUGAAACACGGAGCUGACCCGAACAUAGUCGAUUGUCACAAGAGGACUCCGCUCGCUAAAAUAGGCAGCGAGGCGGAGGUGAGAAUGAGUGAAGAAACAGCAGACGCAGAGUCAGUGGUGCAAGCGGCGUCAGCUCUCAUACAGACGUGCGAGUCCGCCGGCGUACUUCUACAGGUUAACACACGCGACAGCGAGGGCGACACCCCGCUGCACAGCUUCUGUAGGAUGAUGCUCGCAUGCAAAGGUGAUGUUUACGCGCGAGAGAUGGAAGGGUGCGUGCAGAUAGUGCACGCGCUGCUGUUCAACCACGGUGCACAUGUCGACGUGGUGAACGCACGGGGAGAGACGCCAUACAAACUCUGGCGCCGGAUUUAACCGACGCGUUUCCGUGGCAACGUGGAGUCGAUUGACGAGAUACAUGGCAGAAUGAGCGCGCAGUAUCAUUCGCUGGAGUGCCACUGUGCGCGUGUUAUCGUCAGACACAGCGUUGCAUACGAGAACAGGCUGCCUCCGAGUCUCAUAGAAUUUGUCAGUGCACACGCUAGACCAACGUAGGUGACACUAAGCGUGUUAACCUAGGAAGCGCAUGUAGGAUCGGAGAUGCGAUAACCCAGAAGAUAUUAUCCAUACUUCGUAGAUCUAUGUUCUAAUUGUUGCACGUGUUGGCAGACGUGUUUCAUUACAAUGUAAAAUCGAGUAUAUGUAGUAACACUAUUAAGUUUAUAUAGAAAUGUGUAGAUUAUCGGUAUGAUGCCUUGGUGAAGGCCUUAUGAAGGCU